AUGGGAAGAUUAGUUCGGAUUUUGAAGGGAGAUUGGAUAAAAGGAGACUACGCGAAGUGGGAAUUUCGAAGCGACCCGUCAGAUCUAGGUUACGGAAUAACCGUAAGUGACACGGAGAACUACGACACGUUAGGCAAGGUUAUUGGUCGGACCUCAAACACCAAUGGUCUUGACAUACAGGCUGCCUCAAUGGAUACCGGACCCGAUUCUGACCAGUGGACCGUCGGCUUAUAUCUUGACAGAUGA